GAUGAAUGUUUCCUCACUCUCUGUAGCCACCUUUGCAACAAACCCUCAGUAUCGCAUCCGAGUGACUGUUAUAGACAAGAAGGAGCCAGGAGACAAAAACAUUGUGCUCUCCCUGAUGCAGAAACCUCAUCAGGGAAAUCGCAAUGAGAUACGCCUCCACCGAACUAGACUUACCAUCUAUAAGAUUCCACCAGGGACUCCAAAAGGACGCCUGCAACAGGAUUUCUUUCAGAGGAACAGGCCUGUGAAGGCAGAAAAGACUUACAGCUCUGAGCAAGAUCUCAUUGAACUCCACAGUCUGGAACCUGGAGAGUAUGUGAUCAUCCCAUCCACCUAUGAACCCAACAUCACUGCAGAUUUCGCUCUCACUGUCUACACCAAGACUGAUGAAUAAGAUCAUGUAAAGAAUCCUUCACAUAAUGAAGGAUUAAUAUGAUUAACUCAGGAUAAUAAAAUACAUGAAUUAUUUAUUUAACAAACAACACCAUUGGGUAAUUUCCUGUUGGUUAGCCAGACAUGAGCUGUGUUAUCUCUGCUAGUGGUGAAAUAUGGGUGGUGGGGUUAAAAAUGGUCACAUGAUUCAUACUGUCAGGGUUGUCUUGAACAGCGGUCCCCAACCCCCGGGCCAUGGACUGGUACUGGUCCGUGAGUCGUUUGGUACCGGGCCGCGAGAGUUGAGGCUCGGGUGUGAAAUUUAGGGUUUUCAGGGUUUUUAUUGGUUUUUAUAGUUAUUUUUUAAAUUGUUUUUAUCGUUAACUAUGCUUCCCCGGGUCUUUUCCCGUAUCUUAUGAAUAAAUCUCUUUUUUGGAACUGGUACUGGUUUUAUUUUGUUGUAUUCAUCCACGACACCUUAAAGGCCAGUCUGUUAAAAUAUUGUUGGACAUAAACCGGUCCUUGGUACAAAAAAAAGGUUGGGGGCCGCUGGUCUAGAAUACUCCCAAUAUAAUUUUUUGCUGGGCAUUUAUAUUUAUUUCAACCUGCACAGGCAAAAUGCAGCCAUGUAGUGCAUUUUUGCACAGAUAACAUAAAUACUGAUAAAUAACAUGACUUUAUCCUAAAAUAAAUAAUAGGCUAAAUGAUUAAAAUGUACAAUGCUAAUGCUACUCAUAGUUGGCCAGGUUCAUCAAUUUCUAUAAAACAGAAUAAUAAUUAUUUAAAAGAAUAAGUUCUGUGGACACUGGGAGUUAGUUUGAAGAAGUGAUGUGGUGAUGCAGUGGAUAAGGUUCCUGGUUUAAUCGCCUGAUCUUCUGUGUGGACUUUGAAUGUUCUCCCCUUCUGAGGACUCAGGCUUCUUCCCACAAUCCAAAGACACGCAUUUUCACUGGUGACUCAAAAUCGGGGUUCAGAAAAAAUAAGAAAAUAAAACAUGAUGAUUUUUCAGCUCUGA